CAGAAACAAUCAGGCUCAUUUGUUCCCAGUGCUGUGUCCCAAAAAAGUGACAAAUCAAUGAAAACACCAAUUUACUUAAAAGAUGGAGAUCCUCCAGGGUAUCAAAGUUUUCGGCAAAGAUACCAAUCACCUGAUCCAAGUGCUGUGUCCCUGAAAAGUGACAAAUCAAUGAAAACACCAAUUGAGUUACAAAAUGGACAUAAUCCAGGUGAUCAAAGUUUUCGGCAAAGAUACCAAUCACCUGAUCCCAGUGCUGUGUCCCUGAAAAGUGACAAAUCAAUGAAAACACCAAUCGAGUUACAAAAAGAAGAUAUUAUAAAAAGGUAUUCACGGACAAAACCUUAUCAGGAUUUUAUGACGGUUGACAGCCUUCCUGGAAGAUUCAUCCAUCAACAGGAUUCUGAAACCGAUAGACAAAUAAUCCAAAGACUCAAAUCAAACAUAAGAAAGAAACAUCAGUACAUUUUUGAAGGAUUUGCAAAUCAGGGAAACCCAACACUCCUCAAUGAGAUUUACAUAGAUCUCUACAUCACAGAGGGUGGGAAUGGAGAGAUCAGUAAUGAACAUGAAAUCAAAAGGAUAGAAAAAUCUUUGAAGAUUGGAGCAGCAGUAACAGUGCCUAUAAAAUGCAGUGAAAUCUUUACACCUUUACCUGGACAAGACAAAGCCAUCAGAACUGUGCUGACGAAGGGAGUCGCUGGCAUUGGAAAAACAGUCUCUGUGCAGAAGUUCAUCCUGGACUGGGCUGAAGAGAAGGAGAAUCAGGACGUCCAGCUCAUAUUUCCACUUCCUUUCAGAAAGAUCAAUCUGAUGAAGGACAAAACACUCAGUCUGUCAGAUCUUCUUCAGCUCUUUUUCCCUCAAACUAAAGAAAUGGAAAUAUCCAGUGACGAAUAUAAAGUGCUGUUCAUCUUUGAUGGCCUGGACGAGUGUCGUUUAUCUCUGGACUUUCAAAGCGCUGUGAGGUUGUGUGACAUCAGUGAACCCGCCUCAGUGGACGUGCUGCUGACGAACCUGAUUGUGGGGAAUCUGCUUCCCUCUGCUCUCAUCUGGAUCACCUCCAGACCAGCAGCAGCAGAUCUCAUCCCCUCUGAGUGUGUCCAUCGAGUGACAGAGGUACGAGGCUUCAACGACCCUCAGAAGGAGGAAUACUUCAGCAAGAGAAUCAGUGAUCAGAGUCUGGCCAAUACAAUCAUCUCACACCUGAAGUCCUCCAGGAGCCUCUACAUCAUGUGCCACAUCCCAGUGUUCUGCUGGAUCUCAGCCACUGUUCUGGAGAAGAUGUUGAGUGAAGCAGAGACUGCAGAGAUUCCCAAGACUCUCACUCAGAUGUACACACACUUCCUGAUGGCACAGAUCAACAUCAAAAACACAAAGUACAAUGAAAUUAACAAAGAUAAGGAGAUGAUCUUCAAACUGGGCAAACUGGCGUAUGAUCAGCUGGAAAGAGGCAAUCUAAUCUUCUAUGAGGAAGACCUGAGAGAGUGUGGCAUUGAUGUGGCAGAAGCUUCAGUUUACUCAGGAUUGUGCACUCAGAUCUUCAGAGAGGAGUUUGGCUUGUAUCAGGGGAAAGUCUUCAGCUUUGUUCAUCUCAGCAUUCAGGAACAUCUAGCGGCUCUAUAUGUGCACCUCUCCUUCCACAACAAUGGUCAAAAUAUGCUCGACGAACGUAAAUAUGGACAACAAGUGACAAUGUUCAGCGUACACAAGUCUGCAAUUGGUAGAACUUUACAAAGUGUUAAUGGAUGUUUCGAUCUAUUCCUUCGUUUCCUUGUUGGAUUUUCAUUGCAGUCAAAUCACAGCCUCAUAAAAGGUCUUUUGAUGGAAAAUACACACAGAGCCCUGGAAAACAAGAAAACUAUUGAGCAUCUCAAAAACACAUUAAAAACAUUCCCUUGCGCAGAAAGGGCUCUACUUCUGUUUCACUGUCUGAGCGAACUCAAUGAUCACUCUCUUGUUACUGAAGUGCAAAGCUACCUAACUUCAGGAAAAUUAAACAGUGACACUCUUUCCCCAGACCUCUGGUCAGCUCUAGUUUACAUCUUAAUGACAUCCAAUGAGAAAUUGGAUGAGUUUGAACUUAAUAAAUAUGGAAAGGGGGACAAGGUCUUUUACUGGUUGGUUCCUGUGAUCAAGUUGUCAAAAAAGAUCUGGUUGAAUGACUGUGGCAUCACAUAUAGAGGUUGUACAUCAGUGUCUGAUAUUCUAUCACUAUCCAACGUGAGAGAGCUGGACCUGAGCCAUAACAACCUGGAGGACAACGGAGCUGAAAUAAUCAGUGUUGGAUAUAAAAGAUCACGCCACAGGGAACAACUGAUGACUGAGUGGUGCAGCCAAAAUAACUGUAAUGUUAAUGACGAGCAACAGGCCAAAAUGUCUGAAUUUUUUUUAUCCCUCACUGCUGGACUACAAGACACAGACUGUAGAUUACAAUCUUUAAAUCUGAGGGCUUGUGGAAUAACAGAAGCAGGCUGUGAUUACCUGGGCAAAGCUCUGAGUUUAAACCCUUCCCAUCUGAAAGUGCUGGACCUGAGCUGGAACACCAUUGGAGACUCAGGAGUGAAACACCUUUGUGCUGCUCUGGAGAAAGAUCACAGUGCAAUGGAAACACUGAAGUUGGAAAAAUGUGGAUUGUCAGAGAAAAGUUGUGCUGCUCUGGCUUCAGCUCUCAGCUCUAAGUCCUCCAGUCUGACAGAUAUGGAUCUGAGUAUUAAUGAUCUGCAAGACUCAGGCGUGAAGACGCUCUGUGUGGGACUGCAGAAUCCUCACUGUAAACUACAGAAGCUGAGGUUGUCCGAAUGUAAAGUUACACAUGAAGGUGUGGCGGAACUGACUAAAGUGCUGGAAUCAAAUUCCCACCUGAAAGAGCUCGAUCUGGAGAACAAUCUAAAAGAUUUAUAUACGUUAUAUUUAGUAUUUCAGACUGAAUCUGUUCAGCAGUUAGGAAACAGAAACAUCAUGAAGAAUGAUGAAGACGACACUGAUUAUCACGACACUUCUCAUGGCGAAAGAAGUUCUGAGGAAGCAUUACAUUUAUCGGACUUCAGUGUUUUGUCCUUGAAAAGUGACAAAUCAAUGAAGAAACCAAUUGAGUUAAAAGAUGGAGAUUCUCCACUGGAUCAAAGUUCUGAAGAAACAUCACAUUCGUCCGACCUCAGUGUUUUGUCCUUGAAAAGUGACAAGUCAAUGAAGAAACCAAUUGAGUUAAAAGACUGUGACUCUCAAUUUGAACAAAGACACGGGCAGCAAACAAAUGUUUCAGAGAUUCAACAAGGACUAAAAUCGUACAUGAAAAAGAAGCAUCAGUAUGUUUUAGAAGGACUGGAAAUACAAGGAAACCGAAAGCAUCUAAAUGAGAUCUACACCGAGCUCUACAUCAUAGAAGGAGAAACUGAAGAGAUCAUUAAUAAACACGAGUUUACUAUGAUGGAAAGAAGAGUGAAGACUGAUGCAGUGGAAGCAAAACCAAUCAAAUGCAGAGAUAUCUUUAGACCUUUACCUGGACAAGACAAAGCCAUCAGAACUGUGCUGACGAAGGGAGUCGCUGGCAUUGGAAAAACAGUCUCUGUGCAGAAGUUCAUCCUGGACUGGGCUGAGGAGAAGGAGAAUCAGGACGUCCAGCUCAUAUUUCCACUUCCUUUCAGAGAGAUCAAUCUGAUGAAGGACAAAAAGUUCAGUUUAGUUAGUCUUCUUCAGACUUUCUUUAUGAGAGAGAUAAGUUUACAUCUGAUUCAAAACUCUUCCAUCAUCUUCAUCUUUGAUGGUCUGGACGAGUGUCGUCUUCCUUUAAACUUUCACAACGAGACCCUACAGAAUAUGACCAAAGAGACAUCAGUGGACGUGCUGCUGACGAACCUGAUUAUGGGGAAUCUGCUUCCCUCUGCUCUCAUUUGGAUCACCUCCAGACCAGCAGCAGCAGAUCUCGUCCCCUCCGAGUGUGUCCAUCGAGUGACAGAGGUACGAGGCUUCAAUGACCCUCAGAAGGAGGAAUACUUCAGCAAGAGAAUCAGUGAUCAGAGUCUGGCCAAUACAAUGAUCUCACACCUGAAGUCCUCCAGGAGCCUCUACAUCAUGUGCCACAUCCCAGUGUUCUGCUGGAUCUCAGCCACUGUUCUGGAGAAGAUGUUGAGUGAAGCAGAGACUGCAGAGAUUCCCAAGACUCUCACUCAGAUGUACACACACUUCCUGAUGACCCAGAUCAACAUUAAAGGCACAAAGUACAAUGAGAAGAAAGUUGAAGAUAAAGAAAUGAUCCUCAAACUAGGGAAACUGGCGUAUGAGCAGCUGGAAAGAGGCAAUCUAAUCUUCUAUGAGGAAGACCUGAGAGAGUGUGGCAUUGAUGUGGCAGAAGCUUCAGUUUACUCAGGAUUGUGCACUCAGAUCUUCAGAGAAGAGUUUGGCUUGUAUCAGGGGAAAGUCUUCAGCUUUGUUCAUCUGAGCAUUCAGGAACAUCUAGCGGCUCUAUAUGUGCACCUCUCCUUUCACAACAGUGGUGAAAAUGUGCUUGUAAAAGGGAAAGCUAAUGAAUCAGAAAUACCUAUGACAAUGUCAGUCUUGCACAAGUCUGCAGUUGAUAAAACUUUGCAAAGCAAGACCGGGCAUCUGGAUCUGUUCCUUCGUUUCCUAAUGGGACUUUCAAUGGAGUUCAAUGAAAGCCUCCUGAAAGGACAUCUGAUGGAAAGAAAAAAGAUCCCCCUGGAAAGAGAAAAAACUAUUGAAUAUCUCAAGGAAAAAAUCACAAUGAGAAAGAACCAUUGUCCUGGAAUGAACAUCAUUCUGUUCCACUGUCUACAUGAACUUAACGAUCAUUCGCUCAGUGAGGAAACCCAAAGGUACCUGAUCUCUGAAAAUUUUAAAGAAAUCAAGUCUCAAGAACAAGGUUUGGCUUUGGUGUAUAUUUUAAUGACGUCAAAUGAGAAGUUUGAUGAGUUUGAACUACGCAAAUAUGGCAGAUCAGAUCAACUGCUUUGCUGGCUGAAUCCUGUGAUAAAACUGUCAACAAAGGCCAGUGUGAAGAACUGUGGCGUAACAGAAGCAGGCUGUGAUUACCUGGGCAAAGCUCUGAGUUUAAACCCUUCCCAUCUGAAAGUGCUGGACCUGAGCUGGAACACCAUUGGAGACUCAGGAGUGAAACACCUUUGUGCUGCUCUGGAGAAAGAUCACAGUGCACUAGAAACACUGAAAAAAAUCUAUUCAGCAAACAUCAAAAUGAAAGCUGAAGACGACAAUGAAGAGAGAAGCGUUCAGCAGAAGAGACCAGAUUCACCUGUGCUCAGUCUUUUAUCCAUGAAGAGCGACAAGUCAAUGAAAACACCUAUUCAGUUACAAAAUAAAGAUUCUCAGUUAAGUUUUCGGCAGAGGUACAAUUCUCCUGAACCCAGUGCUGUGUCCCUUAAAAGUGACAAAUCGAUGAAAACACCAAUUCAAUUACAAAAUACAAACGUUCCAGAUCAAAGUUUACAGCAAAGAUACCAUUCACCUGAUCUCAGCGUUUUGUCCCUGAAAAGUGACAAAUCAAUGAAAACACCAAUUCAGAUAAAAGAUGGAGAUCCUUCAGUGUAUCCAAGCGUUCAGAUGAGAUCAGGCUCAUUUGUUCCCAGUGCUGUGUCCCUGAAAAGUGACAAAUCGAUGAAAACACCUAUUCAGUUACAAAAUACAAAUGUUCCAGAUCAAAGUUUCCGGCAGAGAUACAAUCCACCUAAACCCAGUGCUGUGUCCCUGAAAAGUGACAAAUCAAUGAAAACACCAAUUCAGAUAAAAGAUGGAGAUCCUCCAGGGUAUCAAAGCGUUCAGAUGAGAUCAGGCUCAUUUGUUCCCAGUGCUGUGUCCCUGAAAAGUGACAAAUCAAUGAAAACGCCUAUUCAGUUACAAAAUACAAAUGUUCCAGAUCAAAGUUUUCGGCAGAGGUACAAUUCACCUGAACCCAGUGCUGUGUCCCUGAAAAGUGACAAAUCAAUGAAAACACCAAUUCAAUUACAAAAUACAAAUGUUCCAGAUCAAAGUUUACAGCAAAGACACCAAUCACCUGAUCCCAGCGUUUUGUCCCUGAAAAGUGACAAAUCAAUGAAAACACCAAUUCAGUUACAAAAUGGACAUAAUCCAGGGGAUCAAGGGUAUUCACGGACACACUCUUAUCAGGAUACUCUGAUGGCUGAAAGCUUUCCUGGAAGAUUCAUUCCUCAACAGGAUUCUGAAACGCUUGAAAUCAAAAUUAAAACAUUCAAAUCAAACAUCAAAAAGAAACAUCAGUACAUUUUUGAAGGAUUUGCGAAUCAGGCAAACCCAACACUCCUCAAUGAGAUUUACAUAGAUCUCUACAUCACAGAGGGUGGGAAUGGAGAGAUCAGUAAUGAACAUGAAUAUAAAAGGAUAGAAAGAUCAUUGAAGACUGCAACAAAAGCAACAAUAUCUAUAAAAUGCAGUGAAAUCUUUACACCUUUACCUGGACAAGACAAAGCCAUCAGAACUGUGCUGACGAAGGGAGUCGCUGGCAUUGGAAAAACAGUCUCUGUGCAGAAGUUCAUCCUGGACUGGGCUGAAGAGAAGGAGAAUCAGGACGUCCAGCUCAUAUUUCCACUUCCUUUCAGAGAGAUCAAUCUGAUGAAGGACAAAACACUCAGUCUGUCAGAUCUCCUGCAUGUCUUUUUCCCUCAAAUUAAAGAAAUGGAAAUAUCCAGUGACAAAUCUAAAGUGCUGUUCAUUCUUGAUGGUCUGGACGAGUGUCGUCUUCCCUUAAAUUUCCAAAGGAAUGAGACUCUGAGGGACGCAAACAAAAAGACAUCAGUGGAUGUGCUGCUGACGAACCUGAUUGUGGGGAAUCUGCUUCCCUCUGCUCUCAUCUGGAUCACCUCCAGACCAGCAGCAGCAGAUCUCGUCCCCUCUGACUGUGUCCAUCGAGUGACAGAGGUACGAGGCUUCAAUGACCCUCAGAAGGAGGAAUACUUCAGCAAGAGAAUCAGUGAUCAGAGUCUGGCCAAUACAAUCAUCUCACACCUCAAGUCCUCCAGGAGCCUCUACAUCAUGUGCCACAUCCCAGUGUUCUGCUGGAUCUCAGCCACUGUUCUGGAGAAGAUGUUGAGUGAAGCAGAGACUGCAGAGAUUCCCAAGACUCUCACUCAGAUGUACACACACUUCCUGAUGAUCCAGAUCAACAUUAAAGGCACAAAGUACAAUGAGAAGAAAGUUGAAGAUAAAGAAAUGAUCCUCAAACUGGGGAAACUGGCGUAUGAGCAGCUGGAAAGAGGCAAUCUAAUCUUCUAUGAGGAAGACCUGAGAGAGUGUGGCAUUGAUGUGGCAGAAGCUUCAGUUUACUCAGGAUUGUGCACUCAGAUCUUCAGAGAGGAAUUUGGCUUGUAUCAGGGGAAAGUCUUCAGCUUUGUUCAUCUGAGCAUUCAGGAACAUCUAGCGGCUCUAUAUGUGCACCUCUCCUUCCACAACAAUGAUGAAAAUGUGCUUGAAGCACAGGAAUUUGGAAAGCAAGUGACAAUGUUAAGCUUACACAAAUCUGCUGUCAAUAAAACUUUACAAAAUUUGAAUGGACGUUUUGAUCUUUUUCUUCGAUUCCUUUUGGGACAUUCAUUGCAGUCAAAUUACAGCCUUAUAAAAGGUCUUUUGGUGAAGAAGGAAUACACAGCCUUGAAAAAAGAGGAAACUAUUGAUCAUCUAAAGAAAAUAUUAAACAGCAUUACUUGUGCAGAACGGGCACUAAUUCUCCACAACUGCCUGAAUGAACUCAGCGAUCACUCCAUUGUUACUGAAACGCAAAGUUACCUGAAUUCUGGAAAAAUCAAUUGUGGCCCUCCUUACCCACACAUCUAUUCAGCUCUGGUUUACAUUUUAAUGGCAUCCAAUGAGAAGUUUGAUGAGUUUGAACUUCAUAAAUAUGGAAAGGGGGACCUGGUCCUUAACAUGAUGCAUCCUGUGAUCAGGCUGUCAAAAAAGAUCUGGUUGAGGGAAUGUGAUUUAACAUAUAAAGGUUGCAUAACUGCAUCUGCUGUUAUUUCAUCACAAUCUAAUGUGAGAGAGCUGGACCUGAGCCACAACAACCUGGAGGACAAAGGAGCUGAAAUAAUCAGUGUCGGAUAUAAAAGAUCACGCUACAGGGAACAACUGACGAAAGAGUGGUGCAGCUACGCAAUCUACAAUCUUAAUACCAAGGGGCAGGCCAAAAUCGCUGAAGAUUAUGCGUCUUUCACUGCUGGACUACAAGACACAGACUGCAGACUGCAAUCUUUAAACCUGAGGGCUUGUGGAAUAACAGAAGCAGGCUGUGAUUACCUGGGCAAAGCUCUGAGUUUAAACCCUUCCCAUCUGAAAGUGCUGGACCUGAGCUGGAACACCAUUGGAGACACAGGAUUAAAACACCUUUGUGCUGCUCUGGAGAAAGAUCACAGUGCAAUGGAAACACUGAAGUUGGAAAAAUGUGGAUUGACAGAGGAAAGUUGUGCUGCUCUGGCUUCAGCUCUCAGCUCAAAGUCCUCCAGUCUGACAGAUCUGGAUCUGAGUAUUAAUGAUCUACAAGACUCAGGCGUGAAGACGCUCUGUGUGGGACUGCAGAAUCCUCACUGUAAACUACAGAAGCUGAGGUUGUCCGACUGUAAAGUUACACAUGAAGGUGUGGCGGAACUGACUAAAGUGCUGGAAUCAAGUUCCCACCUGAAAGAGCUCGAUCUGGAGAACAAUCUAAAAGAUUUAUAUACGUUAUAUUUCGUGUAAUAUAACUCCUUACAACUCCUUAGAUCUAGAAUUUCAGUAUUCAUGUCAAAGCAGUAACUAAAGCAGCAUACUAUCAUCUCAAAAACAUACAAGAACUAGAUGCUUUGUUUCAAUUGAGAAACUUGUUCAUGCUUUUAUCACCAGCAGAGUGGAUUACUGUAAUGCACUCCUCACUGGCCUUUCCAAAAAGACCUCAAAUAAUUGUGCAUUUCUGAUGCGGUGUUCACACCAGAUGCAAUUCGCAUGCAAAUAGACAUGCGAACAUUGAGUUUACUCGCUUAGUUUGCGCGUCAAAUUCACUUCACUAUAUAUGCGGAUUCGCGUCAUGGGCAAGGCUUCUGUCUGCCCGGUAACUCCAUCUUUGUUGCUAAAUAGCUUACUUGGUUUUGUUGAGAUAGUUGUUGUGCGGUAAGUGCUUUAAGAAGGCUGAAAAACAGCGUAGAUUUGUUCGGCAUCAUGUCUGAGUGCACUAGAUCCCUAUUUCUGAGGUGCACCUAGCUCUGUGAGUUCAUCAACUCCUCCAGAAACUAUACCUGGAUGAUGGAGGCUUUCAGCAGUGCAUCAGACUGAGCGAGCCCAGUUUGAAGAGAUGUUGUCCUGAGUCGGCAAGAGGAUUUCCCCUAGGUACACCAACAACCAGUGUUUCCAGAUUGUAAACAUCAAAGUAUCACACCAGAACCUCAAAAUUAUUGUAUUUGGAGGAAAAUUAUACAGCUAUUAUCUAGACAAACAGCGUUUGACACAACGUGCAAAUUACCACAAUACGUAAAAAAAAGAAAAUAGUGCAGACUUGGGUUCUUGUGGAGACCGGUUUUUCCAGGUGUUCUCGGAAGAACGAACUCGGGAGACCACGAAAACAGAGAACACAUCCCCUGAGGAAUGAGAUGCACCCUUAAUGUGUUCAUUCCUUUAUUAAGAUGUCCAUGGUCGUUUACUUUCAUCGUUUCAUUUAGGGAAACUCCUGAGGUAAAUAAGUGAUCUCUCUGAACUUUAGUAAUACAUCUAAAUAAAAUGCUGCGCUUCCCACCUCCAGUCGCAAUGACUUAUGGGACUUCUAGAGCGAGAUCUGUGCUCAAGUCUGCAUUAAUGCGUCCUCGAGAUCAAGAACACAUCUGGGAAGUUUCAAACGUUCUCUAUUCUUGCGGUCUAAAGUAUUGGAACUGAACUUUGGCAGCUGAUGAUGACGUUACACGAGAACAUAAGGACACAAGACCGUUGAGGAAUGCAUAUUGAGAAACAGCUUAGGCAUACCUUAGUGGAAAGGUUCAAACUCCACCUCCAUGUUGCUGUCAUUGGAUACCUCUGUGUGUUGCCAGAUGUUGAGGGAUUCAUUUUACGGUACAAAUUGAACCACAACUUAGUAUCGGUUGGCUUGAAAGCAGUGCACCCUCCCGAAUUAACACACUCCGAGGUGUGCACGAGCCCAUUCAGAGUAUCUGUAAUGAGCCGAUUUCGUGGCUUUGUUUUGAUGAGAUUAACAUGUUCACAAGACACAUUUGAAUGGGGAAAAACAAGAACAUUAAGGGCAAACUCCACCGUCUUUCUCAUCUUGCUUUUCAUGGCUACUUUAUUGCUUAAACGAUCAACCUCAACCUGAAAAUGAUUGAUUUAAGCACGGCCGUGCACGGCAGGAAUGUUAACUUGUGAGAGAGAGCCAUUCUCCAUGUUGAUUGGCUGAGAAAACGUAACAUAAGAUGAGAUAGAAAACGUGCCUCCACGUUCUCCUCACAGACAGCAGAGAAAAGAUGAAGCUAGACCAAUAAGUAUAGAAGCCCUAAGAUUGCAAUGAAAUUCAUUUUAAAUGCUAUAAAAUUCUGAAAUUAUCUUACAUUAUAGGAUUUUUUCAUUAUUGAUCGUACAGAGGUCGGAAUUAUCGUACAAAUACGAUUAUUAUCACAUGUCUGGCAACACUGCCAACAACGGGUGCUACAUCAUAAUCAUCUCCCUACAAGAGCAAGCUCCUGAUUGGUUAAUGCAGCGCGAAUGUCUGUUGAAGUUCAGAUUUUCCAACUUGAACAAUUUGCGCAUUAAGCACGUCAAAUGCACAAAAUGCUCAACUUUCAUCAUUUGUGCCGCCUCAUUCACGCCGCAAGAUGUCUGUUCACGUUUUUGCAUUGACUUAACAUGUAAAUUACUCAUGCUUGAGGCAUAAUUCGCAUCUGGUGUGAACGCACCAUGAGUAUGACUUACACAGAUGAAUGGGCUUGACAAACAACCUGUAGAAACACUCUUCUCUCUUAAAAAAAUACACUCCCCUUCUUUUAUUCUAGCACUUAAUUCUCUGAACACUAACAGUUUCCUUGUAUAAUUAGCACUUCUUGUGUGUAUUGCCUCUUAUUGUUGAAUUGCUAAAUGCGUCCUCAAUUGUAAGUCACUAUAGACCAGGGAUGGGCAAACUCGAUCCUGGAGGGCCGGUGUCCCUGCAUAGUUUUGCUCCAACCCUAAUCAAACACACCUGCUUGUAGCUUUCUAGUGAUCCUAAAGACACUAAUUAGGGUGUUCAGGUGUGUUUGAUUGGUGUUGGAGCAAAACUCUGCAGGGACUCGGCCCUCGAGGAUCAAGUUUGCCCAUGCCUGCUAUAGUGUGUCUGCUAAAUGAAUAAAUGUAAAUAAGAUAUAAGUAUUUACUGUAAGCAUAUGAUGAAAUUCAACCAAAAAAAAAACACAAUUAGGUUAAUUUAAUCAAUUAGUGUAGGGACAACAUGAAGGAAUUGUAUGGUACCCAACAUUUUUCUAAUUACCACUGUAAAUAUAUGAAACUUGCCUUGCUUUACCUUCCCUUUCUAAUAAAAAUGAGUGUUAUAAUCUUC